AUGUCGCACAAGCAGUCCCUCAUCAUGCCGCUGGAGGACGCCGACCCCCGACUCUUCGGCACCGCAGCCGAGCGCGCCUCCGCAUCCGCCGUCGGGCAGAACACGGCACGAAGCCACCACACCGAAUCCCCGCACGCCAGCGCCCUCGCCCAGACCGCUGCCGCCGCCUCCUCGUCCCCUGCCGCGUCGCCAUCCUCGCUCGGUGUAAACGGCGGUGGGCUCGCCUCCGGCGCUGGUGCUGGGGCCUCUUCCUAUGUGAGUGAGGCGAGCCUUGACUUCCAGCGCACCCUCCUCCAGCAGCAGCUGCAGCAGGGACAACGGGAGAUGGAGCGGCUCAAGCGGGAGCUGCAGGAGGCGAACGGCCGCCUGGCCGACACACGACAGCAGUUAAAUGAGCAAAAGGCCGCCCACACCUCCCUCUCCCUCCGCUACAGCACCGCCGUGGAGCGGCUGACCAUGGUGGAGGGCGACAUGAGGAAGUUAGAGGCGCAGCUGGUGCAGGAACGAAAUCAGCGGCACCAAGUCCAGAGCGAGCGGGAGGAGCAGCGGCUGGCGCUGCGGGAGCUGCAGUGGGCACACGAGCGGCUGCAGCGACAGCUGGAGCAGCUCGAGGCGAACAAAGGCCUCGACCCGAAAGAGGUCCAACGCGCCCUCGAGGAUCGCUCGCAGUACAUCCCUACCGUCGAGGUGCACCGGAUGCAGACAGAGAUGCAGAACACGCAUCAGUCGCUCGUGGAUCGGCUGCUGACGGCGCUGGAGUCGUUGGUGGUGUCGAGCGAAGAGUCGCAGACGAACUUCUUUGUCGCACGCAGCGCGGUGCUCUCCGCGGCGACGGACGUCAGCGCCCGCCUGCAGCGCGCCGAGGCCGCCUUGGAGGACGUCGAUCAGCAGCGGAUGUCCUACAACGAGGGGUUGGAAAAAGAGACGGACGAGUUUCUGCUGGCGGUCAUGUCGGAGAACAAGGACCUGUGGCAGCAGCUGACGCUCCUGCAGAACGAGUACGACAUGGCCGUCGCGGAGGUGCGGCUUAGGUCGUCGCAGGGCGGGUCGGUCACGGCCGAGGAGCACGCCUACGCGCAGCGGCAGCUGGAGGUGAUGACGGAGCGGCUGGGCAAGGCGCAGCAGUUGGUGGAGUCGCAAACAAUUCUCGCCCGCGCACACGAGGAGGAGAUGGCGGAGCUGCUGGAGGCUAACGACGCGAUGCAGCGCCGAUUGGAGGAACAGCAAGGGACGGUCGCGAAUAAGGACGCUGCUCUGACGGAGGCCGACGCUGCGCUGCGCGAUGCCACGUCGCAGAUCGAGGAGCUGCAGGACGCGCUGCGCGAAGAGCGUCAGCGCGCGGCGGCGAUGGCGGCCGAGAUGAAAGCGACACAGCGCACCAUGCAGGACGAGUACGACGCUCGCGUGCGCCAGCUGGAGCACGACUGCGGCGUCGCCGACGACACGGCAGCCACGCUGCAGCACACACUGGACGAAACCGCCGCGAAGCUCGACAUCGUAGAGCGCAACUUGGCGGCCCGCAGCCGCGACUUCGACGCCUUCAAGCAGCAAACACAGCAGCAGGCCGCGGAGAAGUCCGCCCGCUACCGCGACGAGCAGCAGCGUGUGCAGGCGGCGAUGGAGGAGGAGCUCAACGCUCUGCGCGCACAGCUGGACGAGGCGCAGGCUGCAGCGAGGGCGGCGGCACGGCAGCAUGACGACGCCGCAGCGCGGGAGGGUGCGGCUGCCGUGGCGAGUCAAGCCGCAGCGCAGGAGGUAGCGCGCCUGCAUGACGAGGUCGACGCAGCGCUGCGUCAGCUGAGGGCCGAGCAGGAGUUGCGGCAGCGGGCGCAGGACGAGGUGGAGGAGCUGCGCGGCUCGCACGACGAGGGCAGAACCCUGGCGACGGAGCUGCAGAGGCGCAACGAGCUGCUGACGAAAGAGAAGGCAGAGGUGACGGAGGCGCUGGCGGCGGAAAAGUCGCGGCAGGAGCAGCGCUACACCGCCCUCCACACGGACUGGCGCACCGCCGAGAAGGCCCGCGCGUCGCUGCAGGAGGAGGUCAAGACACUGCGCACGCGCUGCGGCGAGCUCGAGACGGCCAACAUGACGCAAGAACGACAGACGCAGGACAAGGAGCAGCUCAUGCGGGAGAACCUGCGCCUGCACGAACAGUAUCAGCUGAUCCAACGGGAGUGCGCGGCGCUGCGGGAGGACGCGAAGGCGCUAAAGCAGCGCGGUGAGGACGACGCGCAGUGGAUGCGGCAGGUGGAGGAGCUGCAGCGGCGACUGCGAGAGCUGCCGGAGUUGCGCCAGGCCGCCGACGCCGCACGCCGCGACGCGCUGACGGCGAAGGAGGAGACGGAGUUGCUGCGGCGCGAGCGGGAUCAGCUGACUCAGAAACUAGACACCUUUCUGGAGGACGCGAAGGUGCAGGCGAGGCGCGAGGACGACUUUGAACGGGUGUGCCGUGAAGCCAGCGCCGCCGCCCAGCGGGUGGGCGGUAUGGUGUCCUCCGCGAAGGAGAGCAGCACGCGGUACCACGUGUUCCGCAAUACAAACCCGACCGGGCGUGCGCUGAGUACGAGUGCGGGCGGUGGUGGUAGUGCUGCUGCUACGCCGAGCGCAGUAGUGGGCAGCGGCAGCCCCCGUGUUUCCACAACGGCGGUAGGCGGCGGCCUAACGUCGUCAUCCCCGUCCCUGGGUCGUGCCGCCCCUGCUGGUGCGGCUGUGCAGCAUCGCAGUCCAGUUGGAUCAAUGCACAAUAAUAAUGUUAUUAGCGGCGGCACGCCGAGCAACAGCGUGGCGGGUCAGAGCCCGCGUGCUGGGGAUCCCGAAAUAUCCGUUGUGCGGUCUUCUACGUCCUCUCCGUCACGGCCUUGGCAUUAA